UCUGUUAUGCAUUUUAUAUUGUUUACAUCGCGAUUUAUUCGAAUUUCACGAUUAAAUAAUGGCAGCGCUGCUGCUCUACCGUGCCUGCAGGAGGCCAAUCGUUGCUGGCAUCUGUAAAUACUCAUAUCCUGGAGCUACAUUCCAAAAUAACACUCAAAAUCACCGCCCGGCAUCCACGGAAGCGGCUGUGACGGCGGCGACAAGUGUCCAACUGGCGAAUGCCAGCGGUAUGGUGGGAUUCUGGCAAACUUUAUCGAACAGCACUCCCGUGGCUUAUAUGCAGGAUGCCCUCAUCCAGAUACAUGACUACAGUGGCCUGCCCUGGUGGGCCUCCAUUGUGCUGUCCACGUUUCUGUUUCGCAGCAUUGUAACCUUGCCGCUAACCGUUUACCAGCACCGGAUCACGGCCAGGAUCGAGAAGAUAGCGCUGGAAAUGCCCGCCAUUGUGGAGGAGCUAAAGCGAGAGGCGGCGGUGGCCAAGCACAAGUUCAAGUGGACUGAUAAGCAGACGCAGGUCGUCUACCAGCGUUCGAUAAAGAAGCAGUGGCAGAAACUCAUAAUACGCGACAACUGUCAUCCCAUGAAAACCCUCAUCGUGCUGUGGGGCCAGGUGCCGCUGUGGAUCUUCCAGUCGGUUGCGCUGCGCAAUCUAGUCUACUUGCUGCCGGAUCCCACGAGUAUACAGGCCCAGAUUGUGGCCACAGAGAUGACCAUUGGGGGAUUUGGUUGGAUACCCAACCUCACAGUAGUGGACAGCUCUUAUAUUCUGCCAGUGGCCUUGGGGCUUAUUAACUUGGCCAUCAUUGAGGUGCAGUCCAUGUCCCGUACACGUCCUGCCACCCGGCUGCAAAGUGCGAUGAAUAAUGUAUUCCGAGGCCUGAGCAUUGUGAUGGUUCCUGUGGCCUGCACGGUGCCGUCAGCACUGUGUGUUUACUGGGUAGCUUCCAGCAGUUUCGGCCUCGCCCAGAAUAUGCUGCUUCUCUCGCCGGAAGUGCGACGAUCUGUGGGAAUUCCCAAGACCCAAACGGAACUCGAUCAGCCGUACGAUCAGCUCUGGUUGAAGAUUCAGCAACGGGUCGGAUUGGUGGAGCAGUCUUCACCUGCUGAUAAGCCUCAGCCGCCGGCGACCAAAUGAUGUAGUCUAAUUUAACUUUUAGGUAAGACGUUGAGUUUGUUUUUUAAUGCGUUUGCAGUUAUGUAAAUAUAGACAACCCUUAAAUACGA